GAUUGGUCGAGGACCAUGUGGACGUGUGCAGUGGAUGGGGCGCCUGCGCGGUGGCGGCUGUGUUGCCGGGUCUCGGGAAUGAUGGAGCCGAAAGGCAGCGAUGGCGGCCGUGACCGUGAAUCAGAGGCCGGUCUGGCGUUGCGCUAUCAGAGCUAUCGGCGCCGGUGGUUGGUGUUGUUCGCCAGCAGUGCUUUGAGCUGCUCCAAUGCCAUGUGUUGGUUGACAUUCGCUCCAAUUGCGGACCAAACAGCUCGGUAUUUCCAUAUUUCCAUGGAUCAAGUCAAUUGGCUAUCGAUGAUCUACCUCAUUGUUGGUGUUCCCUUUGGUUUUUGGACAACGUGGAUACUAGACAUGCUUGGACUUAAAACGUCGCUGAUUCUGAGCUCAUGGCUGAACUUGGCUGGUUGUGCCAUGCAACUCUUAAGCGUUGCUGACUUCAUACCUCAAGAAAGCUGGAAAUUUCCUCUCCUGAUGGUGGGCCAGACUCUUGGUGCUUUGGCACAACCUUUGGUUCUGUUUUCUCCAACAAAAGUGGCUGCUAUUUGGUUUCCUGAACAACAGAGAGCAACAGCAAACAUGAUUUCAUCAAUGGCCAAUCCGUUGGGUAUUCUCUUUGCCAAUAUACUUUCUCCAAUGUUGGUGAAGAAGCCAUCUUCAAUGCCAGUAUUGAUGAUAGUGUACGCCGUGCCUGCAGCAAUUGCUUGUCUUCUGACGAGUGUUGGAAUUCGUAAUAAGGUACCUCCAACACCUCCGUCUGCUGGUGCAGCCAACUCUACCUCAGAGCCUUUUUUUAGAGGAGUGAAGAUGUUGUUGAAGAACAAGGCGUACCUGAUCCUGAUGGUCUGUUUUGGGGGAGGAAUUGGUGUUUUUACUUCUUUCUCUGCACUCCUACAACAGAUUCUGUGUGUUAGGGGAUAUUCAAAUACUUUUGCUGGACUCUGUGGGGCCUUGUUUAUUGUAUUUGGAAUCUGUGGUGCAUUUGUGCUCGGGAUGUAUGUGGAUAGAACAAAGAAGUUUAUGGAAACCACCAAAAUUAAUUUUUGUUUGACUGCUUUUGCCACUAUUGCUUUUGCACUGGUUUCACGUAUGAGAGAUCAACCUUAUGGACUCGCUGUAGUAUGCUCACUUUUUGGGCUGCUUGGAUUUUCCAUUUAUCCAGUGGGCAUGGAGCUUGGUGUAGAAUGUUCUUACCCUGUGGGUGAAGCAACCUCUGCUGGAUUAAUCUUCGUUUCUGGACAGCUCCAGGGAUCUUUAUUUAUAUAUUUCCUGCCAGCACUGGCCCAGCCAGUUACUAGUGAUGGUUCUGCCUGUCAAGUUGGAGUAGGUGCAGCACUCGAUUGGACAGUUCCUACAUUGGUGUUGGCUGCUAUCUGUAGCUUGGAAGCUUGCUGCUUUGCACUCUUGUUCCAUACAGAGUACAGGCGAGUCAGUGCUGAAGACAACGAGGAUUCCUCUGCUCUUCUUGAUGGAGCUGUGUCUGAAUGAUUGUACACUUGCAGGGACCAUGUCUGUUUCCAGGAAUCUGAAAGAUCAUUUUAUUUUUAAAAAUAUUUGAAAUGUUUUAUAUUACAUAUCUAUCUGUCUUCCUGUUUUAAAAGUGGACACUGAAGCACACUUUUUUAAAUUCCCAAUCAGCCUGUGUUUGCCAGGUAUUUUUUAUCGUGUAUUUGUUUUCUAAUUUACUUUCUUUACAUAUUUUGAAUAUGUAAAGUGUUAAAAAUGCAAAUGUAUUAUAAGUAGGAAAGUUAGAUUUUACAAAUUAUUUAAAAGUACAUUUUCAUUACUGUAAAGGAGAUGAAUAAUCGAGAGCUCAACUUCCAGUUUGAUCAAUGCCCCUAACUUUUGAUGAAAAUUGACCAUCCAGUAGUGUGUUCUAGAAUCUGAGAGAUUAGUACAUCUCGUACAAGUGCCUGUUGUUUGCCUAGGUGCAUUAUGCUGUUCAAUAAGAGAUCACUUUUCAACUUCUGACAAAGCAAAUGAAGGAAAAAUGACUCGAGCUUAAAAAGUGAUUAGUGAGCAGAGGGAUCAAACAUGCUUGAACGAAGAUUAACUAGUGGGGAAUAAACAUGGGAAUAGAUGACUAAUGAGCAAAUGCCAAGAGACACAAAUCCCUACAGUGUGGAAACAGGCCAUUUGGCCCAACAAGUCCACACUGACCCUCAGAGUAUCCCACCUUAACCUAUUCCCUAUUACUCUACAUUUUCC